GCAUAAUUAAAUUCGACGCAAAAUUGAGGGAAGUGGUCGUUUAUCGACAGAAAUUAGCAGCGAAAUACUUUAAAAGAUUCGCGUUUAUAACGCUAGGAGCUAUUUUAUAUGUUGAAGAUCCAUUUUAACUAAAGUAAGUCGAUUCUGAUGUGAUUGUUUUGUAUCUAAAUUGUAACUGUUUUGCAUGGAGCCAUUCAGAGUGUCUCGUACACGGACAUCCUGUCAUCAAGUAUGUCAUGUGUUUUCUAUCAAGCUAUCAAUGUCUUGUUGCGUUCUUUGCCAUGAUUUGAAUGAAAUAAAUACGACCAUUAGACAAACAGACAGUUUAGAAAGGCAUUGAACGGACCAGAACGGUCAUUUACAGGCUAAAUUGUUGAAAGUUCAAAACCUUCAAGAGGCAUGGUUGAUAUUAAUGUUAUCCGUGAAGAAUGCUUUUUGGAUGAAAUUCUUGCUGAGCUGCCAAACAGGGUCACCAAGCCAACCCCUGGAGUAAAGGGAAAGAAUUUGAAGAAGAUUUUCCAUCAGUUCAGUGACUCGUUGAAGGACAUUCAACUGCAAUAUACUUGCCUUGAUGUAUCAAGUGUCGCCCUCGCAUUAGGAACAAAUGUUGGCAAUGCUUAUGUCUACCAACGGAAACACAGAAAGAUUUUGAAAAUCUCUUCGGAGACAAAGUAUAUUCCAGCCACAUGUAUCAAACUUGCUACUGGUUGCACCACAGUUGCAUUUGGUCACGAAUGUGGUACCUUUUCUGUGGGCCUGGUGGAUCCACCCAUACACAAGUCGUUUGACUCACUGACAGCUCAGGAUAUUCACCAUUCAAGUAUCUCAUGUCUUGAAUGGUCCACAGAUGGUCUCAUUCUGUAUGCAGGUGAUAGUGAUGGUAAAAUAUCCAUGUCUGUGGUCAAGAUUUCUGAGGGCAUCUUACAGACAGCAAUAAUUGUGACAGAGGAUUGCAGCGUUGUGCAGAUAUGUUACGGAGCAGAUUCACUUCUCAUAUCAACUAUGAAAAGAGCUGUGCUCUGGCUGUUUCAAAAUGAAAGUCUUGUCCAAGUUGGUGAGAAAGAACGAAAAACCUCAGGGAGAUUUGGAGGUUGUUUCCUUCCUGAAAAUAUCCAGGAACCAACAAAAAAACUUUACGCUGCUCGUCCAGGCCUCCGAAUAUGGACAGCUGGUAGUGAUGGAAAGGUCUCAUCAACCUCAGUUUUCAAAUCAUUACUUUCUGAAAAACCUCCUGUUAUAAGUACCUUGAUCGAAAACGAUAAUAAAUUCAGCAGCAAUGGACAGUUUGGUAAACUUCUCGUGUUCUAUAAUCAAUAUGUGUUAUCCUGGGACCCAAGCCAUAUUUGGGUGUUAGACCUCGACAUUGGCAAAGUCAUGGGUUGUCAUAGCAACUUGGGAAAAAUCCGUGACGUAAGCGUAAGUGGUCACGAGGUGUUUGUAUUGUUGAAUCAACGGGAGAGGUUUUUAAGAAGGUUUGUUCUGGCGACGGAACGAGUUCUUGAUUCGUCGUAUUUGGAUGCGGUCAAGGCUGGAGAAGAAGCGAUUCCCACAGGUGCUGGGAAACCUGGUUUCAACCUAGGUUCAGCGUUGAUGAAAGUUCCCUUUAUGAAUGUAAAGACAGAAGAUGGUACCAAAGAGUUUGAGAGCAAGGAUGCUGAACCUGAGGUUUCUGCUCCACUGGCUGGUGCAAGCAAUUCAAGUACACUAGAAGCUGCUGGAGCAACAAAAAGCGAUAUUUUUGACAGGAUCAAUGCGAUUCCUCUUGACGAAGGACCAGCUGAUAUUGUCUUCACAGCAGCCAAGAAAAAGAAGAAAAAGAAAAAGACAAAACAAGCAUCUCCGCAAGUUGAUGGGAGUGCGUCCACUGAGGCAACAGAAGAACCAGCGUCAAACACGACAGUGAAAGCAGCGGAAGAAAGGUUAGAAAAUGAAUCGGAAAUGACCUCAAAUCUUGAGAAAAUGUCGUUGGCAACACAUGUCGAAGCCAACGAAGAACUAUCAACCAUCUUGAAAGAUACUAACGCUGUCGUCUCAGAUACAAACGGCUUUCAAGCAAGAACGGAUGAUAAGCAAUCACGACAUGUUUUAUCCAAUGACACUCCAAACCAAGCAACGACUGAUAAGCAGGUUGUGGGAACUCCAUCCUUACCAGAAAAAGAUGAAAGCUCUUCGGUUGAUAUUCCUGGGAAAACAAUGGAAGAAUCAACGCGUGUCGAGACUAAGACUGAAACACAACCUACCACAUCAACACAACCUACAACCUUGGCAACACAGCCAAUAACAUCGACAAUACAGCCAAUAACAUCGACAAUACAGCCAAUAACAUCGACAAUACAGCCAAUAACAUCGACAAUACAGCCAAUAACAUCGACAAUACAGCCAAUAACAUCGACAAUACAGCCAGUAACAUCGACAACACAGCCAAUAACAUCGACAAUACAGGAGCAUGAAACUCAAUCAGCUCAGAAAACUGAGGCAACAAACGAAAUGAUCGCAGUUCAAGAAAUCCCGACAACAGAACUUGACAUUGCCACAACCAGUACUGACCCUCCCCAGGAAACCUCUCAGACAUCCCGGCAAGACUCGUCGGACUCUACCGACGUAUACCGAACCUCUACCGAUAUCCUCCGAUUGGACAGCCACGAGGAUGAUAGAUCAAAAAGCCCAGAAACCAUCGGUGACCAUAAAACAUCAACCACCCCACCAAGAGAGGACCACGUUCCUCUAGUGGCUGAUACCUGGUCUGGUCGUUCUCUGCCAACCAGCCAGCCCAUUGAACAUCUUGCCAUCUCUCAAAAGUACAUUUUCUGCAUAGACAAUCGCAGUCGCGUUUACUUCUCUGACCCCAAUACGGCGUCUUGCAGCGGAUGGGAAAAAGCAGACUUCAAAGCAAAGCAAAUCUUCGUGAAUUCUUCAUGCGAUUUUAUUUGCUGUUUGGAGAACGGAAAGGCUUUCGUUCGUGGGAAUAUUAGCGAUGCAAGCCCGGUGGGUACGGCUUCGUUUCAAAUCCUGGACCAGGUUUCCAUGGUUACAACGUGUUCUCGCUGCAUUUGGACGCUGACUGUGGAUAAUACGUUGAGAAGGGCGGACACAGCGACGUUGGGAAAAUUGAAAACUGAUAUGAAGCCUUCGUGUUCCACGUGGAAGAUCGAGGACUCGCGGGAGAAUCUUGCUCAAAUUGCGUGCUAUGAGAAUGUGCUGUGGGGUCGCACACGUGAUGAAACAGUCCUAGUAUAUCCAGGACGUUCCGGUGGCAUCAAAACAAAAUGGGGCGAGGAAGAAAAGAAAGCAAAAUGGCUUCACAUGAGCGAUGACGGCACGGCUUGGAUCAUAACACCUGACGAUCAGAUUUGGUUUAAACCUCACGUGACCACGUCGUGUCCAGCUGGAGAAGUCUGGUACCAAGUCACUCUGGGUCAGUACAUCAUCGACGACCCAACAAUGCUGGAGUCAACUUUCAAUUUCUUCGCCUCAGUUGGUUCAGCGUACCGGAACGCUCGUACAACAGAAUAUCUUCGCAAUGCUGCCAAAGGAUUUCUCCAGUCAACAAAGGACAUGGCUUGCUCGUUGUUCAAAGACGGAGGAACGCCCAAGCAGAUAUUUUGUAACACGCAGAGCGGGCUUUGGUUGCUGGAUACGAAGAACGCCUUGCACGCAUGUCGCGGCCAAGCGACCGGUGCAUACUGGGAUAUUGUCUGUCCAGCUGGCACGGCACAAUCUGCCACGUGGUGUGAAGUAACGACCGGGCUCGCGGGUUAUAUUUGGGCAAUCCAACCGAACGGGGAACUGACGUGCUUUCAUCCCAAAGGUUCGAGUUAUAAUGUCCAGUCUCCUUCUGAAAGGCUGCAGUUUGACUUCAUGAGGGGCUCGCCCCAUGGUCUUUGGUGCCUCAUGUCCGCGCACAAUUCCAAAGCCUACAUUCGUGACGGAAUCUCAGAGGAUUACCCUCAAGGCUUUGCUUGGACCUCGUUAUCGCUGAAACAUCAGGAGGUUAUUAGCAUUAAACAUUUCAGCGUCGGGAGGAUAACAGUGUGGGCUGUGGAUAUGAGUGGACAAGUGUGGGUACGAAUUGGCAGCGUUGGCGGCGAUGAAAGUAGCGCGCUUUCCCAAGCUUGGCUUCCGUUGGAUAAUCCUGAGAAUAUCGAGUUCGCCAGUGUCGAGGUCAACUGUAAAGAUUUAAUGGUCUGGGCGGUGGAUACCAGAGGAGGUGUUUACGCCAGAGACGGAGUGGAUGAGAACUAUCUUGUUGGCCAGCAAUGGCGGGAAGUUGAAGGGGUAAUUUUAAAGAGUAUUUGUCUCAGUUCUUAUCUGGUCUACGGCUUGUGCACGACUGAAGAAAUCGUCUGCAGAUUUGGCGUAUCGGGUGCGAAUUGUAUUGGAGAUUAUUGGAAGAAGCUACCCGGAUGUUUUCCAAAGAUAUCCGUGAACAGCGCUGGAGAGUUGUGGGCCAUUAGCCACGAGAAGAAGUUGUAUGCUCGUAAGAUGAAGUAUUUAGCGUUCCAAAGAGGAGAACUGGACAAUAUGAAGAAGAGUUUUGAUGGCAAUUUUGAGAGCAGCGACCAUGAUGAAGGGAAUGGUGACGAUAACGAGGCAGAUUGGGAGUUAUUGUGAAGAACUGAACGUUUUGAUGUUGUGAGAAGAAAUAUAGACGUUUAAUGAUCGGUUAGAUAAUGAUUAAGAUGAAAUUUAACUAAUGCAUUGACUGUGUUCUGGUCAUGAACAGAAAUUAACAGAAUGUUUAAUGUUAUGUUCGAAUACUUUUCAAUGAUGAAUGUGUGUGUCAUGAAACAACAACUUUAUAUAGCUUUUACAAAUUCAGUAUAUCU